AUGACAAAAAAUACAUUUUCUUUUGCAGUUCUGCCUAGUCCAGUUUCACACUGCGAUUUAUUUUCUUCAUCUCAACUUUCAUCUGACGGAUCCUUAGGCAGAUGUAAGACUAAGUAUCAUCUUCGUGAUUUAUUUCUGGCUCCAUCUUUCGAUGAAUUGGAUGCUGUUGCUGUUGAUGGAAAGGGAGAGCCAAGGAAAUUGACUGGGAAACAACUUGAAUAUAUUAGAGAAAGGGGCUUGCACAAGGACAAAUUUGGAAAACCCAAAAGAUUGAACCUGGAACAACUAGAAAGUAUUAGAUUACAUGGCAUUUUCGAAGUAGAAUCAUUGAACUUUCCUGGACAGCAACACCGUUGGAAACUAUCGCAACUGCUGCAAAAAGGAACUAUUAAUAGCCAUGACUCACUGUUGAACGAUCUAGCUCUAGCAUUACGUUUCAUAGUUGUAACAGCCAAAGGCAGACUUGUCUCACAUUUCUUCAGCGUUUCGCAGGCUGCUGAAGCUUUCAUUUCGGGGCUGCUGAGAAUUUUAGAUGUUUUAAUUGGAAUACCUAGUUUACAAGCUCACAAUUUAGAUGCGAAAAUCAGAGAGGAAAGGAAUAAGUACCUUGUUGCGGAGUUAGUUUGUAGGCCAGAGAAUGAGGAAUCUCUCGAAGUUUUAUGUUCUUACAUUCGUAAACAGCUAAGAAGGGCAGCUACCGAGAAAUUCGAGGUUGCAAGGGAAUGUUCCCAACCUCCUGUUUCUCUACCCUACAAAUUUUUGACGCCCUCAGGUUCUGAGUUAGAUUUGAGGUUAUGGGAUAGAGGAAUGAUGAGAAAGGCUAUGCCCAUUCUGGUUUCGAUAUUGGAGAGGGAAACUAGAGGUUGGUUCUUGCAUUUUAGAGAAAGACUGAUUGCCGAACUGCGGACACAAAAAAUGCCGGAUGAAGAUAUAGAAAAGGAGGUUAAUGAUGCAGUUAUGAAAGAGUAUCUGCAGAGGGUUUAUAACAGCAUACUUUCCCAUCCUGAUAUCAUGGCGUUAGGUGAAGGAAUUGCCCAGUUGCUAGUGCAGCAAGCUCAGAGUGUAGUUUUAAUGCAUAGAGCUGUUGAAAACGUACAACAUCGAUUGCAAAAAUCUCAGGAAGAGGUUAAAUCCAGACUGUGUAACUUUCACCCAGUAAUGUCCAGAAUCGGCCCGUGGUUGAGAUCAAGAUUGAGGGCAGCAGAACAAAGAUUCAGUCAGGAGAAUCAGUGGAGCGCCCAUGAAGAAGCUCUUGUAUUAUGUAAUGCACAACGCUUGCUACAGACCAUUUAUUUUCUGAAUAGGGAUCUCUCCUUCAUGAAAGAAAGGGAACCAGCAUUACUGAGAGAACUAAGAAAGGAUAAAAUUCCAACAAGAAGCUUUUUGUGGCCCACACAAAUAUGGCUCCCUCAGAAUUGGGUUAUCAGAAGGAAUUUCCAAGGACAAUCCGAAGUAGUUCCAACGGUAUUGAGCAAGCAAGUGACUAGUAUCACCACUCCCAGAUCGGAUCCUACUCAGCCAGUAUUUCUGGUGGAAAAAGAAGUGGUUAGAACAACAACAACCCGUUGGCCUUUGUGGAGAAUUUUCAAUUAUUUUCAUAGAACAUGGUGUUGGACGUGGAAUGCAAUGUUUUUUUUCGGCAUUGUCCUUCCUUGGUGUAGCCCUAUCGGACUUCGAGCAUUAUUUUGUCUGGAACCGUUCAUGCCAGAUUUGGAGCUGUCACAAGUCAACGGUACUCUAUUUCCUAGAAAGAGUAGUCUGACUCCGACUUUGAUGUCCCGAUUAUUGAGUCUUUGGAGACAUAUUUCCAAGUCUAGAACACACUUUGAGACCAAACCAGAUACCGGUUUCAUCGGAAAAGGAUUUACGAGACACAUCAAUCGCAUUUGGAAUUACUUCGUGAAGGGUUUAUUUGGGACAUCUUUUCUAGUAAUUGUUUUUCCAAUUGCUUGUUUUUUAGUAAUUUUAUUCAGUUUGUUCAUUGCCGCUACAACAGUUAUGUGGAUGCCUUUGUUGACUUUUGCUGUUCAAAUAACGAACUUACUCAUUUACGAUUUAGAUAGUCCUGACCAAAGAAGAAACAGAUUUCUGGUGAUUUGUGAAGCUUUUUUGUGGAAUAUCGGUAUACAAGGAUGCCUUCAACCGUUGGCAGCAUUGUUUGUUGCUGUAAUUGUGUGUCCGAUGAUAUCCCUCAUUAUUUUUGCAGGCGCUUUCGCUCGAUAUUGGCUCCGACUUCUGUGGGACACUGCAAUCUUCCAUCUUAUAAUAAAAAAACGGGGCCGUGUUCCGGCCAGCGACAGUUUUGUCGUCAAAAGAAUCGCGGGACCUGGCUUGGUGUCUGAUUACUAUUUCCAAAUCAGCCCAGAACAAGCUCUGGCAGCUUUUGAGGCCAAGAUGGAGCUGGACGAACUGGCCGCUUACCAAACAGUUAUCGAAAAUACCAUCUUGCAACCUCAGAAAGACUUUAGCCAUUUUGUUGAAGCAUGUUUUGGCAGCUUCUCGGCUCAACUCGCUAAAAAUGGACCAUACAAAUGUUUGGAAAAGGAAGCUCAAGAUCUGAUGACGAUUCUGCAUGAGAAACUCGAGAGGAGGCGUAGGGAUUUGCAAACGGGCCUCAAUGUGACUGUGAAGAGUAAAGUCAAGCUAUGCACGCCAGAGUUGAAAGUCGCUAUCCAGCAAGGUGCUAUGAUGCUAGAACGAUUCUAUCCAACCCACAUCUUCCCGAAAUUAACUUGUUCAGAAGACCAGUUUUGGGACAGUAAGGCUCUCAGCCCCGGUGAUUGGGCCGGUCUAGCAGGACUUUUGUAUUCAGAACUCUUCAGUUUAGAUAUUCUGACACCCUUGGAUCAUACUGAUACCAGUUUCCGUCUCGAUACUCACCCUCAAGCUGACUUGUCUCGAUAUACGGACAUGGUGCAGUGUGCGCAAUUAGGUGUUGGUGGGCCCGAUUUAUUAGGAAACGUCUAUACUCCUAGAGGCAAUAUACAAGUUCAUUCACCAUAUCUGGAUGUAUCUGCAUUCAACCCAAAAUCAAAAUUAACUGCCACAGGAAAGAAAGCAGACAAAGCAGAAGAAAUGUCUGCAGCUAUGGGUUCGUUGAAACCGAAUGCAAAGACUACUCUGUGGAUGCCAUGGAAAAAACAUAGCCGUCCUUAUUCGCCGGAUAAAAUGGUGAUACCUCUUCCGAUUCCGCACCCUGCUCAUAUUGCGGUAACAAUUUACAAUAGAGAUUCAGAUGAUCCUAUCGCUUUAGAGUCUGACAUAUGUCAGAGUAUAUUGCGAGGUAUAGAGGAAAGUCAUGUGUCUCCAGACGAUAGUGGAAUAGGGAGAUUCAAGGGAGGUGCUGACUCUUUUGGAACAGUUAGUUCUAGUUCAGACACUUUGGACACUCCCCCAAUGGAAGAGUCGACGCGGAAUUCUUCGGAGGGGGUGUACCGUUGGACCCUGAGUAAUUGGGGCCAAAGGAAACGUAACAAUUCAGGUAGCGUUCGAGUGGAUCUAGCCAGUCCCGAAGACGUCACUUUGGACAGUGAUAGCACUAGAGUGGUUUUUUGUACGUACGGAACGACAGUAUGAUAAGUGAUUGUGAUUUUUUUGGUUCGUAUUCUUAAGUCCGAGUUGCUCUCCCAAAUAGCUUUAACGAUGUAGAUCUGAUAAGUGAUCAUUUUUAUAGCUCGUAACUAGUAUUAUUUUUUUUGCCAAAGAAUAAGUUCAAAACUUUUGU